CAGCCCAACCGCCGGAUCAACGGCCGGAGCUCCGAAGCCCCAAAAUGGGGUCGAUCGACGGCGGAGCUUUGUAGCUGUUCCAACGCAGAAGGCGCGGGGUUUAAGCUUAAACCCUAGAAAUUCCAAUCCUCCGCUCCCAAAUUCAAUCGCAUGAAAUUGAGAGAGAUUUGCCCAAAGAUCCCGAAGCGUUUUCCAUCUUCAAUCUCAGAUGCUUCUCCAUCGAUCUACCUUGAUCCUCCAUCUCCACAAGCUCCCGCCGCCGCCUCACCACCUUCUCGCCGCCCAGUUCAACCUCUCUCGUUCCUCCUCCCUCUUCCGUUCGUUCUCUCCUCCCUCCUCUCCUCGCCGAUCGCCGUCGCUUUGGCUUAUCGGACCUCGCCACAGCCGGGCCAGGAGCUCCGCGGCGGCCGCCUCCGCCGGGGAUGGCGGGGAGACGUUUUACGCCGGAGAAGGCGUCUCGUGGAAGUCCCUCGGCGUGUCCGACAGGCUCUCGCGAGCUCUCUCGGACGCCGGCAUCGGCAGGCCAUCUCUUGUUCAGGCGUCAAGCGUACCGUCCAUACUUUCAGGGAAGGACGUGAUCAUAGCUGCAGAGACUGGUAGCGGCAAAACGCAUAGCUAUCUGGUCCCUUUGAUAGAUAGACUGUGCGAUGCACAUGAUGUCGGUGCGGGCGAGGAGUCGAUUCUACAUUCUAAGACUCUUCUCGUCCUUUGCCCGAACGUGAUGCUAUGCGAACAAGUGGUGCGUAUGGCUAGUGAUCUUUUCGGGGAAGAUGGCGAGCCGCUUCUCAGGGUUGCUGCUGUAUGCGGGCGAAAUGGAUGGCCAGUUAACAAGCAAGAUAUUAUUGUGUCGACACCGGCUGCGCUGUUGAACAAUAUUGACCAUAAAACCCAUUGUACAGAUUUUUUGCGAGGAGUUAAGUACGUGGUGUUUGAUGAAGCUGACAUGCUUCUCUGUGGAAGUUUCCAGAACCAAGUCAUUCGUCUCUUUAAUAUGCUGCGGUUUGAUGAGAAAUUACUGUCUCGGAACAAAAGUUCUGUCCUCCAUCAACCCAUAGCAACGAGUCUUGAUUCUGCACUUCCCUCAGUUUUGGAAGACGAUGAAGAAAUAGAAUCAGAUGCUCACAUCACUUCAGAUGAAGAGGAAGAUUUUGAGGAUGUCGUUCCUGCAGAAUUAGGAGACGAAAAUAAAGAGGGACAUCUGAAGAGAAGAGACUGGAGGAGAGUGAGGAAACACUACGAAAGGAGUAAGCAGUACAUCUUUGUUGCAGCUACACUUCCGACAAAUGGCAAGAAAACUGCAGGAGCAGUGUUGAAGAAGAUGUUUCCAGAUGCUAGUUGGAUUAGUGGAAACUACCUCCACUAUCACAACCCCAGAUUGGAGCACCGGUGGAUCGAGGUUGAUGUUGAUACACAGGUUGAUGCACUAAUAGAAGCUGUAAAGAAAGGUUCGAAAACUUCAACUGAUUGCUCUGGUGUAAGCCGAACCAUGGUAUUUGCAAACACUGUUGAGUCUGUUGAAGCAGUGGCAAAUAUACUGGAAAGAGCUGGGAUAGAUUGUUACCGGUACCACAAGGAUAGUUCUCUUGAGCAGCGUGCAGAGACCAUAGUUUGUUUCCGGGAGAGAGGUGGAAUUCUUGUGUGCACCGAUGCUGCAGCACGAGGCCUUGAUGUUCCAAAUGUAUCACACGUUAUUCAGGCAGAUUUUGCUACUUCUGCGGUGGAUUUUUUGCAUAGGGUCGGCCGUACUGCUCGAGCUGGUCAUUUUGGAGUGAUCACAAGUCUCUAUACUCAAUCAAAUCGGGAUCUUGUUGAUGCAGUUCGUCAAGCGGGGAAGCUGGGUCAGCCACUGGAAAUGGCUUUCAGCAGGAAAAGAAGCUUUAGAAAUAAGCUCAAGAAGCGAGGUCUAUUAAAGUCGGGAGCAUCUGGGGUUGAAAUGUCACAUGCGUAAGAAAUUUGGUGGGAGAUUACAGCAGGUGCAAGUGUGUACAUUGCUUUUGUUGCUUCAAGGUCAUCACCUCUUGUAACAUAGCUUUUAAGUGAUUAUAUAAUCAAAAGCAUGCAAGCCCACUGAAUUAUUAAAAUUUCUCUUUGUUGAAUCGAUUAUGAAUCGCAGUUUUAUCUCUGUUUCAAGUCUGUUGUCAUCUUUCUGUAUUGUAAUAUAUUUGCGGUUCUCAAUUGCUCCACUCUGCCACAACUCUGACCAUAUUGGUGAAAUGAGAUGGCUUGGACCUUCCUUUUGUGAAA